AUGCAUGGCCUCUUGGUGGAGCUAGAGAAGGUCAAGGUUGUAAGGCAGAGGUCAAAAGGAUGAUGGCUGAAUUAGAGAUUAAGGUUUCUACUGUUGAGACAAAGCUAGCCGAGGCCACAGUUGAGAAAAACUAUGCCACGUUGACAGAUCUGGUAGAGAAGAUGAUGGAGUUCCUGGCCAAUGUGGAGAACAAGGGGGGUUAA